AUGCCUCCUCUGACGGCCAGCGUCUUUGCGAGGCCUGCGGAGCUGCUCGGCUUACCGCAAGCGAUGGUCUCGUCUUUUGAGAUGGCAUUCUGCAACAUUUCGACAGUAGACCUGGAUGCAACCGCCGAAAAAGAGAUAUUCCCUUUGGUUGUGUUCUCGCCUGGUCUGGGCGGUACAAGGUUCAUGUAUAGUGCGAUGGCGAGGUCGCUGUCGAGUCUAGGUCAUAUUGUUGUGGUGCUCGACCACACCUACGAGACCGCGGUGGUGGAGUUCCCGGACGGAAGCGCUGCAUUCUCAUCUGAUCCGGAGCUAGCAAAUUCUACAGUCACUUUGGAAGGACUCGAGGUCCGAACUGCUGAUGAGGUUUUCCUCAUCUCCCAACUCUCGAACAAGACGCUCACGGACUCCCUCUUUGGAAGAUUUCCCGGCACCUUUGACCCCCACAGAAUCGUCGUCUCGGGGCACUCGUUCGGCGGUGCCACCGCCGCGGCCGCCGCGCACCGCGACGCCCGCGUCGUCGGCGGCAUCAAUUUCGACGGCCCGAUCCUCCCCCCGGUGGACGCAGAAGGCUUCGAGGGCAACCCGUUCGUGCUCGUGUCCCAAUCCAUCGGCAACGACUCGGCGCCGGUGCCGUUCUGGGAGGAUUUUUACGGCAACCUCGAGGGCGCCAAGAUGCAGUUGGCGCUGAGGAGCACCAAACACUACGCCUUUUCCGACAUACCGCUGCUCCUGACGGCGUAUCGGAUCCCGACGGCGUCGCAGCCUCGGGUGGACGCCAUAUUUGGCACGCUGGACGGCAGGAGGGUUGAGGGUGCUAUGAACGAUAUCACGGUCGGGGUGGUUGAAUUGAUGUUUCAUGACCGAAGUGCGCCGCUGAGGAAUGUGGGCAGGAACCAUGAUAUUGCUGUCCUUCUCAGCAACCUCCCCGGUUGCCAGUAG